AUGGGAAAUAGGAGCCGUUCACGUGACCGGUCGCCGGUACGUAUUAAGCGCGAGUCUGUUAGCUCAUCUUCCGCGAACCGUCGACGGGAAUCUUCUAUAGAAAGGAAGCAGAUGGUCCGAAUAAAACAAGAAGAUGUAGCAAUAGAACCUAUAUAUCUUGAUUCAAAGGGCAGACCACACAGGAGGGACGCUCGUAGCGGUCGCCCAUCCUCACCAAGUGACUCUUCAACCGUUCUGGAACCGGAGAAGCCUAAUUUUGAGCCUUCUGGGUUAUUGGCAGCGGAAACAAAUAAACGCAAUGGAGUAGCACUUAAGUAUACUCCACCACCAGAGUCACGUAUGCCACGUAUCUCAUGGAGGCUCUAUGUUUUCAAGCCUGAUGAGGCUGAAGGUUCGAAGAUGAAGGUAAUCAAGACCAUACAUCUGGAUGCCAACGAAUACUACCUCAUAGGAUGUGAUCGACGAGUGGCCGAUGUCGAACUCUUUCAUCCUACAAUUUCGAAACAACACGCAGUGAUACAACACAGAUUAGUUGAUGGCAAGCGUAUAGUGCCGUAUAUAAUCGACCUGGAGAGCACAAACGGUACUUUCCUCAACGGAGAACGUAUAAUGCCGAGCCGCUACUACGAGAUACGUGAAAACGAUGUGCUCAAGUUUGGAUUAUCAUCCAGGGAAUAUGUUGUACUUAAUGAUCAAUCGGUGUAG